AUGGGUAUUUCGGCGGCCCGUGGAAAACUGAUAGCUGUCAUCGGAGACGAAGAUACGUGCACUGGAUUUCUACUUGGUGGUAUUGGUGAGCUAGACAAAAAUCGACGACCAAACUUUUUCACGGUCGAUAAAGAUACCACUCUCAGCGCCGUGGAAGAGGCGUUUAAAUCAUUUGUCAACCGUGACGAUAUCGCCAUCAUACUGAUCGUUCAGAAUGUUGCGGAGAUGAUUCGCCAUCUCAUUGAUUCACAGACGUCAGCUCUGCCUGCCAUACUGGAAAUACCGAGUAAAGAUAACCCCUAUGACGCUUCGAAAGACACCAUUCUGAAGCGAGCUAAGGGUCUUUACACAGCUGAAGACUUUCGUUGA